AUGGAACGCCCGUCCGGGUCGGACGAGGAGACCUCACUGCUGGCUUAUGGGCGUGCCGCUGAGGAGCACAGAUGGAAAGAUCAAAAGGGAGGCCACGGUGACGGAAGCCUUUCGGGUAGGCAGCGAGAGCAAAAGCGUCAAGGCCCAGACACUACUCCGGCUAUGGAACCGUUUAUCUCGGGAUCUCGCGACAGUUUUGGCAACCUGCCUCCAAACGUAGUGGAAGAGUUGAAGAAGAUGAUCAAGGAAGAGGUCGCCCAAGCCUCUCAGGUAGCCCAGCUGAAAGCCUACGAGACCGAGACAUCUAUCAAUGCUACACGGCUCUCCUCGCUUUCCAGCCAAAACCCUGUCUUCACGCCACCGUAUCCCAGCCCGACGUCCUCAGUCAUAGAACCUCUGGGUAUGUCCAAGGUAUCCUCGUCCAAGGACCGAAUUCCGGGAGACGCCACGCAUGUGAAGGCGGCGCUGGCAGCACAAUACCAAACCCCGUCCCUUAGUCCGGUCUCUCUGCCGGCGUCUCAGUCCAUCUCGUCCAUCAGCCCUGAACAGAAAGCCGUCCAUUUCCGGAGCAGUGGUCCGCCAGUCAUUCACUGCCAGCCUCGUGUAGACUCGGAGUCGGAAUCCGUCUCGCCUACCAACCCUGUUGCCGCGCCGCGGGUCGAGCUGAGCAGUGUCGACAAAGCUUGGGGGAUUCUGUUUGACUCCGAGGGUUAUCCUACACAACGUCUCAACUCUGUACUCCGGGGCCUGGCGAUCUUCAUGAUUGCCGAGUUUGGACCCCCGGAGACCCUGGUUGUCACCCCUGACAAGAUGCUGGCUCUGUAUUCAAAGUACAGGAUCGAGCCUGAGAAGUUUGAGUAUGAAGUGAUCUUCAGAUCACGUUCCGACGAUGCGCUGAAGCGGAUCGAGUUCCUGUACCAGGAUUUGGACUGCCAGUACCACCUCGUCCAAGCUGCACCCAGAUCCCAUCCCCACGUUCCGGGUCUGACCCCCGUCGGCUUCGCCAAGUGGAUGAUCAGCAACAUCCUCGCGUAUCCCGAUCCGGAAGCCAGGCGCCUACACGCCGUCAUGUCCGCCCUGCCCGUCAACGCCGACGGACCUCUACUCGACGGCAAGCCCGAGAGGCUACCCAGACAGCUCUCCCGCCACCUCUUUCCAGAGUCCCACGACAGAAAGCUCCGCAAGAUCCUCGACGAGGCGGUGUGGGAUUGUCUCGAGGACGUUGCGCCGCCCCUCCCGUCCAUUCCGAGAGCCAGGCCCUUCGAGGCGAACACGCACACCCGGCGGUCCGGCGGUGAAUCAAGGCGUCCCGCUCCCGUGCCAUACCGCAAGACAUACGACCGCGAAAGCUACCGCGUCGAGCCGCACCCCUCGAGGCUCCUCCGGGCCAACUCGGACGCGGGCGCCUCGCUGCCGAGACACCGCGACCUCCCUCCCCCGCCGAUGGGACGACACUCGGAUCCCCCGAGACAACGCAGCCCAUCCCCGACCAACCGGUACAGCGCCUCGCUGCCAACCAUCUCGCAGCACCACCACCACCAAGCCGGGUCUCCGUCGUCUUCGUCACAGCUCACCCCCGCGUACAUCCGGGGAAGCGAGGCCAACUACGGCGUGUACCCUGGCCGAGACGGCCGCGACCAGGGUUUGAGGGACGAGUCGCCGCGGUCGCCGGGUCUCGGCAGACGUGGCGGCACCAGCUUGGGGUCCGACCGGGGCCCGACGUGGGAGGACGUGUACAGUCGUAAGGAGUCCUCCUCCGGCGGGCGGGUGUCGUCUACCGACGCAGCAUCGCAUCGGUCGUCUCGUUGA